AUGAUGGGUGGCCGGAAAAAGGACGACCAGGUGGAUGAGCAACAGCUCUCGCUGAUGUCGACUUGGAUUGAUCAGUUCAAGACGGAACGUGAUAAGCUGGCUGCUGAUAAGAAGGGUGGCCCGAAUGCCACUGCUUCUCUGGUUGACAAGUACGGCAAGUGUCAGGAGAUUGUGGGUCGCGGUGCUUUCGGUAUCGUGCGCAUCUCGCACAAGGUCGACCCUCAAGAUUCCAAAUGUGAACAGCUGUAUGCUGUCAAGGAGUUCCGCCGCCGGCCCCAAGAAACGACCAAGAAGUAUCAAAAACGACUGACUUCUGAAUUUUGCAUCUCGUCGUCACUUCGUCACCCGAACGUCAUUCACACUUUGGACCUCUUGCAAGAUGCCAAGGGAGAUUACUGUGAAGUCAUGGAAUACUGCGCUGGUGGCGAUCUGUACACCCUGGUCCUUGCUGCCGGCAAGUUAGAAGUCGCCGAAGCCGACUGCUUUUUCAAGCAGUUGAUGCGGGGUGUCGAGUAUAUGCACGAAAUGGGUGUCGCACACCGCGACCUUAAGCCCGAGAAUUUGCUUUUGACCACUCACGGAGCACUCAAGAUCACCGAUUUUGGUAACGGUGAAUGCUUCCGUAUGGCCUGGGAGAAGGAAGCCCAUAUGACCGCCGGGCUCUGCGGUUCCGCUCCCUAUAUCGCCCCGGAGGAAUACGUGGAGAGGGAAUUUGAUCCCCGAGCGGUUGAUCUCUGGGCGACUGGAGUGAUCUACAUGGCCAUGCGCACUGGGCGGCAUCUUUGGCGCGUGGCGCGCAAGGAUGAAGAUGAAUUUUACCAGCGGUACCUAGACGGUCGCAAACAUGAGGAUGGAUACGCUCCCAUUGAGACGUUACAUCGAGCUCGUUGUCGCAACGUGAUCUACUCCAUCCUUGAUCCCAAUCCUUCUCGCCGCAUCAAUGCCUCACAGGUCCUCAAAUCCGAAUGGGUUCGCCAGAUCAAGCUGUGUAAGGCUGGCGAGGAAGGGUUCUGA